AUGCUGAUAACAUGCUCACAGUCCCUCUCUAAAGUCAUUAUCAAGAUAAAUCAAUGUUACAAGCUUUUGGAUCUGGUGGGAAGAUCCUGUCUGGUGCCCAAAACACUCUUUAUUAAGCGCUGUCAGCAGGACAUGCAGCAUUGUGCCACACCGGGAGAUAAAAACUGUGCAUGUGCAACCCUUUCCCAGUACUCGAUUUUGUGUGCCAUGGAAUCUCAACCAUUAAGUGAUUGGAGGACAAAGUCUCUAUGUCCAUUGGAGACCUGUCCAUCUAAUCAGGUGUACCAAGAGUGUGGCACCUGCAACCCAACAUGCUCUAAUCCUCACUACAGCUGUACUUCCCAUUGUGUUUAUGGCUGCUUCUGCCCACCAGGUACUGUUCUUGACGACCUGUCUAAAAACCAAACCUGUGUCCAAAUUAAUGAUUGCCCCUGUGUUAUUAAUGGAGAAAUCUAUAAGCCUGGAGAUAGCGUCCGAACUGACUGCAGUAUCUGCCAAUGCCAGAUGGGUCAGUGGAGCUGCAAAAACACCCCUUGCCCCGGGAGAUGUGCCAUAGAAGGUGGAUCAUUUCUAACUACCUUUGACACCAACACAUACCGAUUCCAUGGAGUUUGUGUCUAUGUUUUGGUCACGAGUGGGCAUAUUCCAAACAACGGAACUGUUAUGGCAUCAUUUGAUAAAUGUGGAGUCAGUAACUCUGAAACCUGCUUGUCGAGUAUCAUCUACACAUCUUCAAAGGGAGCUAUAGUCAUUAGCAAACAGGGACAAAUCACAGUGGACGGUCAGAUGAAACAACUACCAUAUGUUUCUGAUGACGUAGUGGUCGUCAGGGAAUCCUCCUCGCAUUAUGUUCUGUACACUUCUUUUGGUCUGGAGAUAGUGGUCCAAAGGGUCCCGAUUCUCAAUGUCUACAUUAAGCUUGAGAGAACCUUUUUUGGAACAACAAAAGGUCUGUGCGGAAAUUUCAACAGUGAGACUAAGGAUGACUUCCUCUCCAGCUCUGGCAUUAUAGAAGGGACAGUGACUGUGUUUGUAGAUUCAUGGAAAGCAGCUUCAAAAUGCAAAUCAGCCUACAAUGUGGAUAUCAAUCCCUGCUCCAUGAGUAUUUCUAAUCAAAUAUUUGCGGAGAGUCAAUGUUCAGCCCUGGUGAAGAACGGAAGCCCAUUUCAAGCGUGUCAUACACUGGUAGACCCGGCACCAUAUUACAAGAGAUGUGUCUAUGAAGCUUGUAAUUAUGAAGAGACCGUCAACUUUAUUUGUUCUACUAUGGGGGCUUAUGCUCGGGCUUGCGCUGCCCAAGGACUUGUCCUGAAGAACUGGAGAUCUAGUGUUAAUUGCACUGUUGAAUGCAGUGGUAAUCAGACCUACAGCUAUGACACAAGCUCUUGUAGUAGGACCUGCCUGUCCCUCUCAAAUGUAGAGCUGGAGUGUUACCCCAAUGACAUCCCUAUUGAAGGAUGUAACUGUCCUCUGGGUUACUAUCUGGACAACAAAGAUAACUGUGUCCCAAAGACACGCUGCCCCUGCUACCUAGACGAGACUACGGUCAUAAUGCCCAACCAACAGACUACGUUCAAUGGACUCACUUGUUAUUGUGUAUCAGGGAGACUAAAUUGCAUUGGAAAACCAAGUGAUUUUGCAGAAACUUGCACGGCUCCAAAAGUGAUGAAAACAUGUGGAUCCUUGGCUGAUAAAUAUGGAGCUGCCUGUGCACCUUCUUGUCAAAUUCUGGCCACUGGUAUCCAGUGUAUACCUACCAAGUGUGAGGCUGGAUGUGUUUGUCCAGCUGGAACCUACGAGGAUUUUGAUGGCAGCUGUGUGCUAGAAAAUGAAUGCUCCUGUGAGUACGGUGGCAACAUCUAUAAAACUGGGCAAACCAUGCAGAGCGAGUGCCAGACCUGCACCUGCUAUGGAGGCCACUGGCAAUGUGAGAAGAACUCUCUCUGCGCAUCCACCUGCGCAUUGUAUGGAGAAAGUCACAUCAAAACCUUUGAUGGACAUCAGUUUGUUUUUGAAGGGAACUGUGAAUACACUUUAGUGACGGAUGCAUGUGGAAUAAAUAGCUCAAUGUCAUCAUUCAAGAUUGUGACAGAAAAUGUAAUCUGUGGAACCACUGGCUCUACCUGUUCUCGCUCCAUAACUGCCUAUGUCGAUAACAUAGAGUUGAAGAUGUUUGAUGAAAAGUACACAAUCACUCCUGAAGCAUCAACUCAAGAUAUCAACGUUCUGGAGAACAGUCUCUUUGUUACAUUUGAUAUCACCAUCCCCAAUAAGUUCCUCAUCUCAAUUCUCUGGAAUAAGGACAGGAAUGUCUACAUUAAGAUUUUAAAACAUGGCCCACAAUCAGUCUGUGGUCUGUGUGGAAAUUACAAUGGAAAUAUGAAGGACGACUAUGAGACUAGGAGUCGAUAUGUGGCGUCUAACCAGCUUGAGUUUAUCAAUUCUUGGAAGGACAGACCAACAUGUAAUGAUGCCAGCUUCACCGUAAUUGCAUGUGACCAGAAUCCACAUCGCAGGGCUUGGGCUGAAAAAAACUGUGGCAUUAUCAAUGGCAAUGUCUUUAAAACAUGCACAUCUUUGGUGGAUCCAAAGCCUUACUAUGACGCUUGUGUAAAUGAUGCCUGCUCCUGUGAUAGUGGAGGAGACUGUGAAUGUUUGUGUGAAGCUAUAGCAGCUUAUGCCAAAGAAUGCCUCACAGCUGGAGUCUGCGUUGACUGGAGAAGACCCCACUUGUGUCCCGUCUAUUGUGAUUUCCAGAACACGCAUGUUGAGACAGUUGAUGGUUAUGCAUACAGUCGUGAUGUAAACUGUACAUGGCAUUAUCGGCCUUGCCAGUGUCCAUUCGCUCCUCAUACAUAUCCAAACCAAAACUCUGAAGGGUGUUACCAGUGUGAUCCUGACAAGUAUUAUGACCCAAAAACAAAGACAUGCGUGCCUUGCACUGAGCCAACAACUACACCAGUUCCUUCUACAACACCAACACCAACACCGAUCUCAAGUUCAGCUUCUACAGUCACAACCCCAGUAACACCAUCCACCACCUCAGCGGUACCAAGUACAUCACCGGAGAGGACAACAGUAACAGAAACUACUUCUUCUACGAAGUCAACUACAUCAACGAUAUCACCAAGUACACAUGCUACAUCCAGCCUAACAACUGUCACUACACCUGUAUCAAGUGUCACUCCCACAUCUCACAGUGGCACACCUACAACUGCAACCUCACACCCACCCCCUACUUCACCUACUGCUCACAGUAGCACAUCUACCCUUACCACCACCUCUACUUCAAGUCAGACUACACACUCACCAAGUACCAGCCCUAUUAGUCAUACAAUCACACCUACAUCCACUACCACUUCUAUAAGCAAGACUACACACCCACCAAGCACUUCCUCUACUAGUGUGACCACACACUCACCAAGCACCUCUCCAACAACUCACAUUAGCACACAUACUCCUUCAACCACUUUAACUACAUCAACUACAAGUGUGACGACACACUCACCAAGCACCUCCCCUACUUCACAUGUAAGCACACCUACCCCCUCUUCCACGAGUGAGACUACCCACUCACCAAGCACUUCCCCUAAAACCACUUCUACAAGUGAAACUACACACUCACCAAUCACCUCUUCAACAACUCACAUUAGCACACAUACUCCUACUACUUCAACUACAAGUGUGUCAACGCACUCACCAAGCACCUCUCCAACCACUCACAUUAGCACACGUACUACUACUACUACUACAAGUGAGACUACACACUCACCAAGUACGUCUCCAACCAUUCACAUAAGCACACCAACCCAUUCUACUGUGACCACACACUCACCAAGCACCUCCCCUACUACUCAUGUAAGCACACCAACCCCCACUUCCACUAGUGUGACCACACACUCACCAAGCACCUCUCCAACAACUCACAUUAGCACACAUACUCCUACUACUUCAACUACAAGUGUGUCAACGCACUCACCAAGCACACCUACCCAUUCUACCACUUCAACUACAACUGUGACCACACACUCACCAAGCACCUCCCCUACUACUCAUGUAAGCACACCUACACCCACUACCACUUCCACUAGUGUGACCACACACUCACCAAGCACCUCUCCAACAACUCACAUUAGCACACAUACUCCUACUACUUCACCCACAAGUGUGUCAACGCACUCACCAAGCACACCUACCCAUUCUACUAUUUCAACUACUACUGUGUCUACACACUCAACAAGCACCUCCCCUACUACUCAUGUAAGCACACCUACCCCCACUACCAUUUCCCCAAGUGAGACUACCCACUCACCAAGCACUUCCCCUACAACCACUUCCACAAGUGAAACUACACACUCACCAAGCACCUCUCCAACAACUCACAUUAGCACACAUACUCCAACUACAAGUGUGUCAACGCAUUCACCAAGCACACCUACCUAUACUACUGCUUCAACUACAACUGUGACCACACACUCACCAAGCACCUCCCCUACUUCUCAUGUAAGCACACCUACCCCCACUACCACUUCAACUAGUGUGACCGCACACUCACCAAGCACCUCUCCAACUACUCACACUAGCACACAUACUCCUACUACUUCAACUACAAGUGUGUCAACGCACUCACCAAGCACCUCUCCAACUACUCACAUAAGCACACCUAGUCCUCCAACCACUUUAACUACAUCAACUACUAGUGUGACUACACACUCACCAAGUACCUCCCCUACAACUCAUGUAAGCACACCUACCCCCACUACCACUUCCACGAGUGAGACGUCCCACUCACCAAGCACUUCCCCUAUGACCACUUCCACCAGUGAAACUACACACUCACCAAGCACCACUCCAACAACUCACAUUAGCACACAUACUCCUACUACUUCAACUACAAGUGUGUCAACGCACGCACCAAGCACACCUACCCAUUCUACCACUUCAACUACAACUGUGACCACACACUCACCAAACACCUCCCCUACUACUCAUGUAAGCACACCUACCCCCACUACCACUUCCACUAGUGUGACCACACACUCACCAAGCACCUCUCCAACUACUCACAUAAGCACACAUACUCCAACUACAAGUGUGUCAACACGUUCACCAAGCACACCUACCCAUUCUACUACUUCAACUACAACUGUGACCACACACUCACCAAGCACCUCCCCUACUUCUCAUGUAAGCACACCUACCCCCACUACCACUUCAACUAGGGUGACCACACACUCACCAAGCACCUCUCCAACUACUCACAUAAGCACACCUAGUCCUCCAACCACUUUAACUACAACAUCAACUACUAGUGUGACUACACACUCACCAAGCACCUCCCCUACCACUCAUGUAAGUACACCUACCCCCACUACAACUUCCACUAGUGUGACCACACACUCACCAAGCACCUCUCCAACAACUCACAUUAGCACACAUACUCCUACUACAUCACCCACAAGUGUGUCAACGCACUCACCAAGCACACCUACCCAUUCUACUACUUCAACUACAACUGUGACUACACACCCAACAAGCACCUCCCCUACUACUCAUGUAAGCACACCUACCCCCACUACCACUUCCACGAGUGAGACUACCCACUCACCAAACACUUCCCCUACGACCACUUCCACAAGUGAAACUACACACUCACCAAGCACCACUCCAACAACUCACAUUAGCACACAUACUCCUAUUACUUCAACUACAAGUGUGUCAACGCACUCACCAAGCACACCUACCCAUUCUACCACUUCAACUACAACUGUGACCACACACUCACCAAGCACCUCCCCUACUACUCAUGUAAGCACAUCUACCCCCACUACCACUUCCACUAGUGUGUCAACGCACUCACCAAGCACACCUACCCAUUCUACUACUUCAACUACAACUGUUACAACACACUCAACAAGAACCUCCCCUACUACUCAUGUAAGCACACCUACCCCCACUACCACUUCCACGAGUGAGACUACGCACUCACCAAGCACCUCUCCAACAACUCACAUUAGCACACAUACUCCAACGACAAGUGUAUCAACGCGUUCACCAAGCACACCUACCCAUUCUACCACUUCAACUACAACUGUGACCACACACUCACCAAGCACCUCCCCUACUACUCAUGUAAGCACACCUACCCCCACUACCACUUCCACUAGUGUGACCACACACUCACCAAGCACCUCUCCAACUACUCACAUAAGCACACAUACUCCAACUACAAGUGUGUCAACACGUUCACCAAGCACACCUACCCAUUCUACUACUUCAACUACAACUGUGACCACACACUCACCAAGCACCUCCCCUACUUCUCAUGUAAGCACACCUACCCCCACUACCACUUCAACUAGGGUGACCACACACUCACCAAGCACCUCUCCAACUACUCACAUAAGCACACCUAGUCCUCCAACCACUUUAACUACAACAUCAACUACUAGUGUGACUACACACUCACCAAGCACCUCCCCUACCACUCAUGUAAGUACACCUACCCCAACUACCACUUCCACUAGUGUGACCACACACUCACCAAGCACCUCUCCAACAACUCACAUUAGCACACAUACUCCUACUACUUCAACUACAAGUGUGUCAACGCACUCACCAAGCACACCUACCUAUUCUACCACUUCAACUGUCACCACACACUCUCCAAGCACCUCCCCUACUACUCAUGUAAGCACAUCUACCCCCACUACCACUUCCACUAGUGUUACCACACACUCACCAAGCACCUCUCCAACAACUCACAUUAGCACACAUACUCCAACUACAAGUGUAUCAACGCGUUCACCAAGCACACCUACCCAUUCUACUACUUCAACUACAACUGUGACCACACACUCACCAAGCACCUCCCCUACUUCUCAUGUAAGCACACCUACCCCCACUACCACUUCAACUAGGGUGACCACACACUCACCAAGCACCUCUCCAACUACUCACAUAAGCACAUCUAGUCCUCCAACCACUUUAACUACAACAUCAACUACUAGUGUGACUACACACUCACCAAGCACCUCCCCUACCACUCAUGUAAGCACACCUACCCCCACUACCACUUCCACUAGUGUAACCACACACUCACCAAGCACCUCUCCAACAACUCACAUUAGCACACAUACUCCUACUACUUCAACUACAAGUGUGUCAACCCACUCACCAAGCACACCUACCCAUUCUACUACUUCAACUACAACUGUGACCACACACUCACCAAGCACCUCCCCUACUUCUCAUGUAAGCACCCCUACCCCCACUACCAGUUCCACUAGUGUGACCACACACUCACCAAGCACCUCUCCGACUACGCACAUUAGCACACAUACUCCUACUACUUCAACUACAAGUGUGUCAACGCACUCACCAAGCACACCAACCCAUUCUACCACUUCAACUACAACUGUGACCACACACUCACCAAGCACAUCCCCUACUUCUCAUGUAAGCACACCUACCCCCACUACCACUUCCACUAGUGUGACCACACACUCACCAAGCACCUCUCCAACAACUCACAUUAGCACACAUACUCCUACUACAAGUGUGUCAACGCGUUCACCAAGCACACCUACCCAUUCUACUACUUCAACUACAACUGUGACCACACACUCACCAAGCACCUCCCCUACUUCUCAUGUAAGCACACCUACCCCCACUACCACUUCAACUAGGGUGACCACACUCUCACCAAGCACCUCUCCAACUACUCACAUAAGCACAUCUAGUCCUCCAACCACUUUAACUACAACAUCAACUACUAGUGUGACUACAUACUCACCAAGCACCUCCCCUACCACUCAUGUAAGCACACCUACCCCCACUACUUCUACUACUGUGACCACACACUCACCAAGCACCUCUCCAACAACUCACAUUAGCACACAUACUGCUACUACGUCAUCCACAAGUGUGUCAACGCACUCACCAAGCACACCUACCCAUUCUACUACUUUAACUACAACUGUGACUACACACUCAACAAGAACCUCCCCUACUACUCAUGUAAGCACCCCUACCCCCACUACCACUUCCACGAGUGAGACUACCCACUCACCGAGCACCUCUCCAACAACUCACAUUAGCACACAUACUCCAACUACAAGUGUAUCAACGCGUUCAUCAAGCACACCUACCCAUUCUACUACUUCAACUACAACUGUGACCACACACUCACCAAGCACCUCCCCUACUUCUCAUGUAAGCACACCUACCCCCACUACCACUUCAACUAGGGUGACCACACACUCACCAAGCACCUCUCCAACUACUCACAUAAGCACACCUAGUCCUCCAACCACUUUAACUACUACUUCAACUACAACUGUGACCACACACUCACCAAGCACCUCCCCUACUACUCAUGUAAGCACACGUACCCCCACUACCACUUCUACUAGUGUGACCACACACUCACCAAGCACCUCUCCAACUACUCACAUUAGCACACAUACUCCUACUACUUCAACUACAAGUGUGUCAACGCACUCACCAAGCACCUCUCCAACUACUCACAUAAGCACACCUAGUCCUCCAACCACUUUAACUACAUCAACUACUAGUGUGACUACACACUCACCAAGCACCUCCCCUACUACUCAUGUAAGCACACCUACCCCCACUACCACUUCCACGAGUGAGACUACCCACUCACCAAGCACCUCUCCAACUACUCAUAUAAGCACACCUAGUCCUCCAACCACUUUAACUACAACAUCAACUAGUAGUGUGACUACACACUCACCAAGCACCUCCCCUACCACUCAGGUAAGCACACAUACCCCCACUACUACUUCCACUAGUGUGACCACACACUCACCAAGCACCUCCCCUACUUCUCAUGUAAGCACACCUACCCCCACUACCACUUCAACUAGGAUGACCACACACUCACCAAGCACUUCUCCAACAACUCACAUUAGCACACAUACUCCAACUACAAGUGUAUCAACGCGUUCACCAAGCACACCUACCCAUUCUACUACUUCAACUACAACUGUGACAACACACUCAACAAGAACCUCCCCUACUACUCAUGUAAGCACACCUACCCCCACUACCACUUCCACUAGUGUGACCACACACUCACCAAGCACCUCUCCAACUACUCACAUUAGCACACAUACUCCUACUACUUCAACUACAAGUGUGUCAACGCACUCACCAAGCACCUCUCCAACUACUCACAUAAGCACACCUAGUCCUCCUACCACUUUAACUACAUCAACUACUAGUGUGACUACACACUCACCAAGCACCUCCCCUACCACUUAUGUAAGCACACCGACCCCCACUACCACUUCCACGAGUGAGACUACCCACUCACCAAGCACCUCUCCAACUACUCACAUAAGCACACCUAGUCCGCCAACCACUUUAACUACAACAUCAACUACUAGUGUGACUACACACUCACAAAGCACCUCCCCUACCACUCAUGUAAGCACACAUACCCCCACUACUACUUCCACUAGUGUGACCUCACACUCACCAAGCACCUCCCAUACUUCUCAUGUAAGCACACCUACCCCCGCUACUACUUCCACUAGUGUGACCACACACUCACCAAGCACCUCUCCAACUACUCACAUAAGCACACCUAGUCCUCCAACCUCUUUAACUACAUCAACUACUAGUGUGACCACACACUCACCAAGCACCUCCCCAACUACUCAUGUAAGCACACCUACCCCCACUACCACUUCCACUAGUGUGACCACACACUCACCAAGCACCUCUCCAACUACUCACAUUAGCACACAUACUCCUACUACUUCAACUACAAGUCUGUCAACGCACUCACCAAGCACCUCUCCAACUACUCACAUAAGCACACCUAGUCCUCCAACCACUUUAACUACAUCAACUACUAGUGUGACUACACACUCACCAAGCACCUCCCCUACCACUUAUGUAAGCACACCUACCCCCACUACCACUUCCACGAGUGAGACUACCCACUCACCAAGCACCUCUCCAACUACUCACAUAAGCACACCUAGUCCUCCAACCACUUUAACUACAACAUCAACUACUAGUGUGACUACACACUCACCAAGCACCUCCCCUACUACUCAUGUAAGCACACCUACCCCCACUACCACUUCCACUAGUGUGACCACACACUCACCAAGCACCUCUCCAACUACUCACAUAAGCACACCUAGUCCUCCAACCUCUUUAACUACAUCAACUACUAGUGUGACUACACACUCACCAAGCACCUCCCCUACCACUCAUGUAAGCACACAUACCCCCACUACCACUUCCACUAGUGUGUCAACGCACUCACCAAGCACACCUACCCAUUCUACUACUUCAACUACAACUGUGACUACACACUCAACAAGCACUUCCCCUACAACCACUUCCACAAGAGAAACUACACACACACCAAGCACCUCUCCAACAACUCACUUUAGCGCACAUACUCCAACUACAAGUGUGUCAACGCACUCACCAAGCACACCUACCCAUUCUACUACUUCAACUAUAACUGUGACCACACACUCACCAAGCAUCUCCCCUACUUUUCAUGUAAGCACACCUACCCCCACUACCACUUCAACCAGUGUGACCACACACUCACCAAGCACCUCUCCAACUACUCACAUUAGCACACCUAGUCCUCCAACCACUUUAACUACAACAUCAACUACUAGUGUGACUACACACUCACCAAGCACCUCCCCUACCACUCAUGUAAGCACACCUACCCCCACUACCACUUCCACAAGUGAGACUACCCACUCACCAAGCACUUCCCCUACGACCACUUUCACAAGUGAAACUACACACUCACCAAGCACCACUCCAACAACUCACAUUAGCACACAUACUCCUACUAUAAGUGUGUCAACGCACUCACCAAGCACACCUACCCAUUCUACUACUUCAACUACAACUGUGACCACACACUCACCAAGCACCUCCCCUACUUCUCAUGUAAGCACACCUACCCCCACUACCACUUCCACUAGUGUGACCACACACUCACCAAGCACCUCCCCUACUUCUCAUGUAAGCACACCUACCCCCACUACCACUUCCACUAGUGUGACCACACACUCACCAAGCACCUCUCCAACAACUCACAUUAGCACACAUACUCCUACUACUUCAACUACAAGUGUGUCAACCCACUCACCAAGCACACCUACCCAUUCUACCACUUCAACUGUGACCACACACUCUCCAAGCACCUCCCCUACUACUCAUGUAAGCACAUCUACCCCCACUACCACUUCCACUAGUGUGACCACACACUCACCAAGCACCUCUCCAACAACUCACAUUAGUACACAUACUCCUACUACAAGUGUGUCAACGCGUUCACCAAGCACACCUACCCAUUCUACCACUUCAACUACAACUGUGACCACACACUCACCAAGCACCUCCCCUACUUCUCAUGUAAGCACACCUACCCCCACUACCACUUCCACUAGUGUGACCACACACUCACCAAGCACCUCUCCAACAACUCACAUUAGUACACAUACUCCUACUACUUCAACUACAAGUGUGUCAACCCACUCACCAAGCACACCUACCCAUUCUACUACUUCAACUACAACUGUGACCACACACUCACCAAGCACCUCCCCUACUUCUCAUGUAAGCACCCCUACCCCCACUACCACUUCCACUAGUGUGACCACACACUCACCAAGCACCUCCCCUACUUCUCAUGUAAGCACACCUACCCCCACUACCACUUCCACUAGUGUGACCACACACUCACCAAGCACCUCUCCAACAACUCACAUUAGCACACAUACUCCUACUACUUCAACUACAAGUGUGUCAACCCACUCACCAAGCACACCUACCCAUUCUACUACUUCAACUACAACUGUGACCACACACUCACCAAGCACCUCCCCUACUUCUCAUGUAAGCACCCCUACCCCCACUACCAGUUCCACUAGUGUGACCACACACUCAGCAAGCACCUCUCCAACAACUCACAUUAGCACACAUACUCCUACUACUUCAACUACAAGUGUGUCAACGCACUCACCAAGCACACCUACCCAUUCUACCACUUCAACUGUGACCACACACUCUCCAAGCACCUCCCCUACUACUCAUGUAAGCACAUCUACCCCCACUACCACUUCCACUAGUGUGACCACACACUCACCAAGCACCUCUCCAACAACUCACAUUAGUACACAUACUCCUACUACAAGUGUAUCAACGCGUUCACCAAGCACACCUACCCAUUCUACCACUUCAACUACAACUGUGACCACACACUCACCAAGCACCUCCCCUACUUCUCAUGUAAGCACACCUACCCCCACUACCACUUCCACUAGUGUGACCACACACUCACCAAGCACCUCUCCAACAACUCACAUUAGCACACAUACUCCUACUAUUUCAACUACAAGUGUGUCAACGCACUCACCAAGCACACCUACCCAUUCUACUACUUCAACUACAACUGUGACCACACACUCACCAAGCACAUCCCCUACUUCUCAUGUAAGCACACCUACCCCCACUACCACUUCCACUAGUGUGACCACACACUCACCAAGCACCUCUCCAACAACUCACAUUAGCACACAUACUCCUACUACAAGUGUGUCAACGCGUUCACCAAGCACACCUACCCAUUCUACUACUUCAACUACAACUGUGACCACACACUCACCAAGCACCUCCCCUACUUCUCAUGUAAGUACACCUACCCCCACUACCACUUCCACUAGUGUGACCACACACUCACCAAGCACCUCUCCAACAACUCACAUUAGCACACAUACUCCUUCAACCACUUUAACUACAUCAACUACAAGUAUGACCACACACUCACCAAGCACCUCCCCUACUUCUCAUGUAAGUACACCUACCCCCACUACCACUUCCACUAGUGUGACCACACACUCACCAAGCACCUCUCCAACAACUCACAUUAGCACACAUACUCCUUCAACCACUUUAACUACAUCAACUACAAGUGUGACGACACACUCACCAAGCACCUCCCCUACUUCACAUGUAAGCACACCUACCCCCUCUUCCACGAGUGAGACUACCCACUCACCAAGCACUUCCCCUAAAACCACUUCUACAAGUGAAACUACACACUCACCAAUCACCACUCCAACAACUCACAUUAGCACACAUACUCCUACUACAAGUGUGUCAACGCACUCACCAAGCACACCUACCCAUUCUACUACUUCAACUACAACUGUGACCACACACUCACCAAGCACCUCCCCUACUUCUCAUGUAAGCACACCUACCCCCACUACCACUUCUACUAGUGUGACCACACACUCACCAAGCACCUCCCCUACUUCUCAUGUAAGCACACCUACCCCCACUACCACUUCCACUAGUGUGACCACACACUCACCAAGCACCUCUCCAACAACUCACAUUAGCACACAUACUCCUACUACUUCAACUACAAGUGUGUCAACCCACUCACCAAGCACACCUACCCAUUCUACUACUUCAACUACAACUGUGACCACACACUCACCAAGCACCUCCCCUACUUCUCAUGUAAGCACCCCUACCCCCACUACCACUUCCACUAGUGUGACCACACACUCACCAAGCACCUCCCCUACUUCUCAUGUAAGCACACCUACCCCCACUACCACUUCCACUAGUGUGACCACACACUCACCAAGCACCUCUCCAACAACUCACAUUAGCACACAUACUCCUACUACUUCAACUACAAGUGUGUCAACCCACUCACCAAGCACACCUACCCAUUCUACUACUUCAACUACAACUGUGACCACACACUCACCAAGCACCUCCCCUACUUCUCAUGUAAGCACCCCUACCCCCACUACCAGUUCCACUAGUGUGACCACACACUUACCAAGCACCUCUCCAACAACUCACAUUAGCACACAUACUCCUACUACUUCAACUACAAGUGUGUCAACGCACUCACCAAGCACACCUACCCAUUCUACCACUUCAACUGUGACCACACACUCUCCAAGCACCUCCCCUACUACUCAUGUAAGCACAUCUACCCCCACUACCACUUCCACUAGUGUGACCACACACUCACCAAGCACCUCUCCAACAACUCACAUUAGUACACAUACUCCUACUACAAGUGUGUCAACGCGUUCACCAAGCACACCUACCCAUUCUACCACUUCAACUACAACUGUGACCACACACUCACCAAGCACCUCCCCUACUUCUCAUGUAAGCACACCUACCCCCACUACCACUUCCACUAGUGUGACCACACACUCACCAAGCACCUCUCCAACAACUCACAUUAGCACACAUACUCCUACUAUUUCAACUACAAGUGUGUCAACGCACUCACCAAGCACACCUACCCAUUCUACUACUUCAACUACAACUGUGACCACACACUCACCAAGCACAUCCCCUACUUCUCAUGUAAGCACACCUACCCCCACUUCCACUAGUGUGACCACACACUCACCAAGCACCUCUCCAACAACUCACAUUAGCACACAUACUCCUACUACAAGUGUGUCAACGCGUUCACCAAGCACACCUACCCAUUCUACUACUUCAACUACAACUGUGACCACACACUCACCAAGCACCUCCCCUACUUCUCAUUUUAACUACAACAUCAACUACAAGUGUGACUACACACUCAUCAAGUAG